AAGUACACACAAUUUUAGGGCUGCCCAUUAAACAAAAUAUUUCGGUCUUACGUAUAUUAUAAUAUAAAGAAAAAGUAUAACGAUAAUCUGGAACAUCUCUACGAGUCUACAGAUAUAGUUUUCUCAGCGAACUUACCGCCGCGUUGAAUGGCGCAACACGGUGGGCCUUACUUCCUGAGUACCUAUUAAAAACGAUAACGCGGACAUCAUUAUUGUUGUCGGAACGGAUCCGACCGUGCUAUGAUGCCGGACGAGCCGUGAGCCACGCGUCCCGGUCGAGAGCUGUGCGCAGAUGAAAGUCUUCGGAUCUCGUGUUACGACUAUAGGUAUACACGACGACGAGUGUGUGUAUAGUUCAAAUCGGACACGUACCUAAGAUGCAAUAUGUAUAUUUCGUAUAUAUUGUACGGACGCCGUGCUCACGAGCAGCAGCGUGUAAACGGCACGAGAUCAGUCUCAAAUCGUCCGUCGUGUACGUGCGGCGCUCGGCGAACAGAAAAUAAAAAAUCGUCGCGGAGCUUUAUAAUUGAACGAUUAAGUGUUUUGUGCGCCAAGACGAUUCCGCGCGUGGACCGUGCAGGACGGAUGUCGAAUCCGAGGCCAUUUACGACGACUCGGCGAUGAUCAAAAAAAAAAAAUAUUGGUGCUAUCGUCGUGAUUAUUGAACGAUGAGCGCUCGCAGCAGCAUCAGGAUCAAAAGUCCCGUGGGAUGCAGAUGCCACUACAUACUGAAACGAUGUAUGGCCAUCCAUCUGCAGAAACAGUCGCUAGUCCGGUACGUCCCGCAACAAGCGGAAACUUCACCGUAUUGGAUGUACGACAAUGGGUACCUAAUAUUCCAGAGCUUUUUGGAAUCGAAUCUAAAAUGUGUCUGGAAUCGAAGUCUCGUGGAAGCGAUGCAAGUGGUCAAAUACGAGGGAUACGUAUCACCGGGAGUGCUGUUGCUCACUGGUGAUCCGUGCUCCAUGGAGGUAAUACGAGGCGCCUGGUGUCGUAAUGUGCUCAGGCCACCGAACAGUUACGUGAUCACUAAAAUAGGCGACGUGGAAGACUGUGUAGUGGAGGAUUUGAACCAAGGACAAUUUACGCCGUUAUCCGAAGCCCUAUGCCUAGUCAUACUGGAGCUAACCAGCGCAAACCAAAAUGCCACAAUUGACACUGUGCGUUCAGCUCUUAAAAUAUUUUUCUCCAACAUACAACCGCCGGCCGAACACAUUAUCUACGACGCGAUGGUCAAUCUCAUGUCCGAUAAUAAGAUAUACCAGACCUCCAGGGGUUACUUUGUUGUGACGCCGGAGGUGCAGCGACUAGUAGGUUCAGCGACCGCUAGCCCUGCACACAGCUUGCGGUUGGGAGGAAGUAGUCGGUACAGCCCAAGCAAAAAAGGGUUCUUGAUGUCUACGGAAGAAGCGUACGUGAAGGUUCACGGUGAUAUAGAGACCUUAAGAGACGGCGACCAAACUCAUCAAAACAUACAAACCAAUUUGGCAGACAUCAUAUCUGGCGGUAAUUCGGACGAUAAAACGCUGUCACCCAGGAAGGAUGUAUCCGGUGAGAGACUGGGUAGGCGCAACUCGCUCAGGACCAACUCAGCGUCCCGCCGCUUGCAAGCCACACUGCAACGGAGCGGUUCGAUGAGACAGAUAUCGAACAAAAACAAAACGGACGAAUACUACGGUGGCGUGUCGGUGGAACCGAAAAAGUCGCCGGGUAUUUUUUCGAGACUGUUCGGCAGCCGAAGAUCGAGUUCCAAAUCCCGAAAGUCCAAUAACUAUUGUUGUGCCACUCAGUUCCCUCCGGAUGAAUGGUUCAACAAAAGCGUACAACCACAACACUCGAUAUCCACACAAACGGAGAAGGACGAAGACGACUGUAAGGCGAAACAACAGUGGCCGGCUCCGAGGUUGACGAGGAGCGCAACGCUGCCGAGGAAAUCGAGAGCCGUCACGGCGGGUCCGUCGUCGUUGGCCUGCAGCAGUGGUGUCGACGGUUGCGGCAGCUGUCACGCAGACAAGACGCCCGCCGCAGCCAAGAAGACAUACCCGUCAAGCGGUUCGUCCGGAUACAACUCGUUGCCCCGGAUGAACGGCGGCCGGAAGUCAGGCAGCGUCAAGAACUCGCCGUCGUCAGAACUGUCGUACAAGAUCGCCGCCGCAGCCAAAGCAGAAAACGGCGACGCGUCUUGCAAACCAGACACGCCGACCGGCCACGGCAGCAACUUCGAUUCGAGUUACAGCUGCGACGAGAUAUCCGUCAACGACUCGUCCAUCACGCUCACGGUGGUCGCGACGCCGCCCGCUAAGCCCAAGACGGCCGCGGACUUGCGCCGGGAAUACUUCCGGGGCUUGAGCAAGUACGGUACGGCUGCCACCAACGGAAGCUGCAGCACGACCGGUGGCGUCCGCAGUAAAGACCACCACCAACAGCAGCAGCCACAGCAACAGCAGAAGCAGCAGCAGCAACAGCAACAGCACCUGCAGCAGAAGUACUUCAACCGCAGUGGUGGCAGCGGGCGUGAUAAACAGGCGAUCGCCGCGAGUCUGCACAAAUACCUCGACAACGCGUGUAAAAUCAAAUGACGGAAAUUCACCCCCCCCCCCCCCCCCCCCCAUCACCCC